UGGCCCCGGCCGGGCGCUUUUAGCCCUCCCGCCGUUGCCAUACUGCUGCUGCUGCUGCAAGCCCAAGCCAGGCACCCGGGGUCUCCACCAUGGAGCGCAGCUCGGCCGCCGUGGGUGCCGUGAGGCGCCUCCGCACGCAUCCUGCUCAGCAGCAGCAGCAGCAGCACCCUCGCCCAAACCAGCAGCAGCAGCCGCCGUGGCGCCCGGGCCAGGAGCCCGACGGACUGGACGGGAAGAAGCCGGCGGGCAGCCGGGGAGGAGGAGGAGCGAGGGGCCUCCCGCUGCUGCCGGAGGCGCGCACGGCCCUGCUGCUGCUGCUCUACUUGCUGGCGCUGCGCGGGAUCGCGCACCUCUCCCUGCGGAGGCUGGUGCAGCCGGCGGAGCGCCGCCCCGGCGAGGAUUUCAGCGCCCCGCGCGCCAGGACUUACCUAGAAAACAUUACUGCAAUUGGUCCCAGAGCAGUUGGAAGUCCGGAAAACGAAAUCUUCACAGUCAACUACCUCUUGGAACAAGUUAAAGCUAUUGAAACUCAAAGCAGUCAUGUCCAUACCAUCUCUGUCGAUAUCCAGAGGCCCACUGGCACCUUCAGUAUUGAUUUUCUUGGAGGCUUCACCAGUUACUAUGACAACAUUACUAAUGUCGUGGUCAAGCUGGAACCCAGGACUGGAGCAGAGCAUUCGGUGCUCUCCAACUGCCACUUUGACUCCGUACCACAUACUGUCGGGGCCAGCGAUGAUGCAGUCAGCUGUUCUGUGAUGCUCGAGAUACUGCACACCCUUUCUAAAUCACCCAAACCAUUGCAGCAUGCUGUCAUAUUCCUGUUUAAUGGUGCAGAAGAGAGUGUCUUGCAGGCUAGUCAUGGCUUCAUUACUCAGCACCCCUGGGCUAAAUCAGUUAGAGCAUUUAUUAAUCUGGAGGCUGCUGGAGUAGGAGGGAAAGAACUUGUGUUUCAGACAGGACCUGAAAACCCCUGGCUGGUGCAAGCAUAUAUCUCUGCUGCAAAGCACCCUUUUGGUUGUGUUGUGGCUCAGGAAGUGUUUCAGAGUGGCAUUAUCCCUGCAGAAACAGAUUUCCGCAUUUACAGAGAUUUCGGCAACAUUCCAGGGAUAGACCUGGCUUUCAUUGAAAAUGGUUACAUCUACCACACGAAGUACGACACAGCAGACCGAAUUCUGACAGAUUCUAUUCAGAGAGCAGGUGACAAUAUUUUGGGUGUGCUAAAGUACUUAGCGGAGUCGGACAAACUGGCCAAAUCUCAUGAAUAUCGACAUGGAAAUGUUGUCUUCUUUGACGUCUUUGGCAUGUUCGUUAUGUCCUACCCAGCUCGUGUCGGCUCCAUUAUGAACUAUAUCGUUACAGCCGUUGCGUUUCUUUAUCUGGGGAGAAAAACAUUGCAACUUAGAAAAAGAGUGAGUUAUCUGAAGGAACUUGCCAUCGCCUUUGGCUUCUCAGUCCUCAGUUGGCUUGCUGUCUUGAUUGGCGUCCUUAUCAUAGCCGUGUUCAUCUCUCUCCUCGGACGCUCCCUUUUCUGGUACACCCACUUCCAUGCCUCUGUUCUUCUGUAUGGAACUGCAGCUGUGGCUGGACUGAUUCUCUUGCAUACAUUAGCCAAGACAUUCUAUUACAAAAAUACAAGCGAACAGUUCCUGGGAGAGCUCUUCUUUGAUGUUCCAGUUGUUUUUUGGUCAGUUAUGUUGGCUUUGCUUACUUACCUAGGACAUUCCUCAGCAUUUGUCAGUGCAAUAUGGAUUGUGUUUCCGCUGCUCACAAAAUUAAUGACCUAUAAGGAACUGAAAGAAAAAGGUGCCACAAUGAAGUUUCUAGCAGUUUACCUCCUGGGAAUGUUUAUUCCACAUGUCUAUUCGUUAUACCUCAACUGGAUUAUAUUUGAAAUGUUAAUUCCCAUCUUGGGACGCAUUGGUUCAGAAAUUCCACCCGAUGUCGUCGUGGCUGCUUUUAUCGUUUUGGCGACGAUAUUUCUGUCUUCCUACUUUCUUAAAUUCAUCUACCUUGCCAAAAGUACAAAGAUGUCAAUAAUAACGUUAGCAACUGUUUCUGCAAUCAUGUUCGUCCUGGUUUGCAGUGGAAUCUUCUUCCCGUUCAGUUCAGAUUUUGCAAACCCCAGACCAAAGCGAAUCUUUCUUCAGCACAUGAGUCGAAGAUUUCAUAGCCUGGAUGGGCAGCUGGCGAAAAGUGAUUCUGGAAUAUGGAUUAAUGGGCUUGACUAUGGCGGGAUAUCUCAUAUCACUCCUCAUAUACCUGAACUCAACGAUUCCAUUAGAACAAAAUGCGAGGAAGAUGCACCUCUCUGUGGAUUUCCCUGGAUCCUUCCCGUGAACUAUUUAUUCAAGAAAAAUUGGUAUCUUCCUGCUCCAGCCAUCACUCCCAAGAAACCAGCUCACUUUCAGCUUCUUUCCAAAGAGCGAACGCCGUCAGAUUCUACAAAGUUCACCUUUGAAAUAACCGGUCCAAGUCACAUGUCAGUGUUUCUUCGGCCACAUGAAGGUUCAACACUGUCCAGGUGGUCUCUGGGAGAUGGAACUCCUCUUGCUAAUAAUGUAGGCAGAGAUUAUUUUAUAUAUUAUACACAUGGACUCCAGGCCUCGCCAUGGCGCUUCUGGAUAGAAAUGAAGGCUUCUGAAGAGCCCACUAAAGGAAUGGUCACCCUUUCUGUGGUUUCGCAGUAUUUAUUUGAAGAAGAUCACAAUUCUCCUCAGUUGCAGGCCUUAGCUGAAAGAUUUCCCAACUGGACUUUUACCUCAGGCUGGGUCUCCACCUAUGAUCAAUUUAUCUUUUAACCCAGAGAUAACACAAAGGUAAAUUGUUUCCCAUACAUUGGAUGCAGCUUUCGCUCAUAAGGAGUUGGGAAGAAUGAGUAUUGUUGACAAAAAAAACUGUGUAAAAUACUUCAGCCACAAAGGUAUUUCUAUGGCAGCUUGAAUAGGUAAAAGGGGGUGGGGGCAUGGGGAGAGAGAAGGAAACCUUUGUGGUUUUUAUGCAAAAUAUCACCUACUUGAAAGCUGCCUUUUAGGAAGUGGUUUUAGAGUUGCCGUCUUGGGCAUCUUGCAAUAAAAGGGGCUUUGCGCAGGCAUUCCAAGCACAAUGUAAAACCCUCCACAGGCUUUAAACAACCCGAGUUCUGCCUUCCAGUAACAUUUUGAUUCGUUAUGUUCUUAAUCGGCUAAAGUAAGGCUUUGGGUUGGAGACUUUUAAGACUGUACAUCAUGGAAGAUAAAAGAAGCGCCAGUCAUCGUUACAGUUCCAAAGUAUUGAUGCCCAUUUAGAACACCGUCUGUAAUCAAAGCUCUUUAAAUUCUUAACCGCAGAGACCUUGGCGAUUGCUAAUUCUUGCCUGCUCUGAUUUUACGGUUUUUCUUUCUAAAAACUUCUGUAUGUCCCUUUUGGGGCAUUGUACUGAUGCUCGACUGCAGUGUCUCUGAGUAGAAGUUGGACCAACCCCAAAAUGCGCUCACUUUUCUAUGGGGAUCAAGUGGAAUGAAGGCCAGGCUGUAUCGGAUGCAAGCGCACAGUGCUAUUGUCUCUUUGGACUUCUGAGCACUGAGCUAGCCACUUUCGCCUUUUGUAUGCAGGUGUCUUAUGUGUGUGUUGGGUUUUCAUUCUUGGCAAUACCAGCUAUUCAGCAGUUGUUAAAAGUGUCAAUAGUCAGUUCCUAUUCUUUAGUUGCUUUCUUGCAAGUUAAUAGAAACUACACAUUUCCACUGUGUUAUUGGAAGCUUGCAGGAAAUCAAGUUGCACAUGCUUAAAAUGUGCUCCUUUAAAAUAUAUUGAAUUGAGGAAACUCUUGUUCAGAGAGAUUUUGAACACAGUAUGCUCAUCUGUAAUUCCUUCCACUUAAGAUUACAUUGCUCUACCCCGUUUCUAUUGAACUCAAUGGGACUUGCUUUUGAAUAGGUACGUGUAGCAUUAAUGCUAUUCAUGUUUGGGAUUUUGCUAUUAAUGACUUCAGCUUCCAAAGCCCAAAUAUUUUAGUGCAUCAGGGGGAAGGAAACGUGUUCCAAAAGGAAACAUGUUGGGAAGAAUUUGCCUAGGAGGCUGAAAACAGCCCGCCAUGAAUUAGAAGCCAUUUGCAGGUGAAAUAAGCAAAACAUGAAGUGAUAUAAAAAAGAAAAUUAUUUGUUUCAGAUCCACACAGUAAUAACUUUGGACAGAAGGUUCAGGUCCCAUCAAACAGUUUUUUUGGGGGGAGGUUUUUAGUCAGAACAUAGAAAGCACUUCCAGUGGCAACCAAUAUAAAACCCUUUCCCAUUCCUGCCUCUUCUGCUUCAUUUGCAUAGUGAAGGAAGGGG